AUGGAUUUCAUGCGUAAAGAAAUGAAAGAAGGUGGUGGGUUACACAACACCGACCAAAUUGAGAUGACUUUUCAUGUCGAGAACAGGGCCGAUGAUGAUAUGGGUGAUGAGGACGAUGACAUGGGAGAUGAUGAUGGUGCCGCUAUGAUGUCUCUUGCCGACACCGAUCCGGAAGACCAUGAUGAUACCGGCUUGGGAGAUGACUAUAAUGAUGAGAUGAUCGACGAAGAAGAUGGUGAUUUUCAUGAGAAUCGUGUUAUAGAGGUAAGGUGGAGGGAGGCCUUUGAUGGGUUAGAUUAUUUGCAGUGUACCGGGUCGACUCGUAGCUUCAAGUGA